UCUCGUCACUACGGCUGUCGAGCCUGAAAGAUCAUGUCAUCGCCAUCUCACACUAAUCAGACCAAGAUUCUCUUCAUCCUCUCCAGCGCGAACAGGACCCUUACUGGUGAACCAACUGGGUGGUAUCUUCCCGAGGCCGCCCAUCCCUACUAUGAGUUGGUAUCCCAAUACAAUAUCACCUUUGCGGCACCCCUAGGUCCCAACCCGCCCCUCGAUCCCAAGAGCGUCGAGCUAUUCAAGGAAGAUGCAGAGUCGGUUAAGUUCCUCAACGAUGAGUCGUCAAAGGCAAACUCGCUUCUGCCCUUAACAGCUUGGCACAAGGGAAAGAUCAUUUCAGCAGUCUGCCACGGCCCUGCUGCGCUUGUCUCCGCCGAGACGCGCCACAUCUUAACUAAGAAUUCGAUUCUCAAAGGAAACGUCUGGAGCAACGAAAACCAUCCCAUUUCUACUGAAGACCGUAUCAAGGAUCUUGGUGGAUUGUAUGAGAAGGCGGAAAAGCCUUGGGACGCGCACGUUGUCGUCGAUGGGAAUUUGAUUACAGGUCAAAACCCAGCAUCUGCGCGUCCCCUUGCGCAAGCAAUCGCCCAGGAGCUAGCCAAACGCGUCAAAGCAGUUCCAGCUUGAUGCUUUAGUUUCAGAAAGGAUCAUCGUCCCAUGCAGUGAUGCCACAAGCAUUUGAUCAAUAUAAAGUAACUCAGAGGCUGUAUCCAACGUGUGAUAAUGACCUCUAGAAUGCCUGUAUACUGCGAUCUCGUUGAUCGAACAAACCCGCUGGCUAAACUGGUGGUUGCUAAGCAAUGUUUUCUAGUUGAACAGUGUCUCCCCCAAAUUGCAGAUGUUGGAGCAUUGCGAGGUAAAAAUGAAAAUUUGUGGGGCUA